AUGGAUGGUAAUUCCUCAUCAAAAUCAGCCUCGAUUUUGUUAGGACGGCCAUUCAUGAAAACUGCUAAGACAAAGAUUAAUGUAAAUGAGGGUACUCUCUCUGUAGAAUUUGAUGGAGAGAUUGUUAAAUUUAAUAUUUUCGAUGCAAUGAAAUAUCCUAAUAAUGCACCAAAACUGGAACUAAAAGCUUUACCGGAUCAACUAAAAUACGUAUAUUUAGGUGAUGAUAAAACAUUACCUGUCCUCAUCUCAAAAGGACUAACAAUGAAACAGGAAGGAAGAUUGGUUAAAGCUUUAAGGGAAUACAAGGUUUCAAUUGGUUGGACUUUGGCUGACAUAAAAGGCAUUAGUCCAUCAAUUUGCAUGCACAGGAUUUUGCUAGAGGAUGAUGCUAAACCAUCAAGGGAACCACAAAAAAGGUUGAACCCAACCAUGAAAGAAGUUUUCAUGAAAGAUAUACUCAAGCUGUUGGAUGCAGCUUUGAAGUAUCUUUUAGUAAAGAAAGAAUCAAAACCAAGGCUAAUUCGGUGGAUUUUGCUUCUUCAAGAGUUUAACUUAAAAAUCAAAGAUAGAAAAGGAGUGGAGAAUUCUAUUGCAGACCACUUGAGUAGGUUGAUAAGGGAAGAAGAUGACCUACCUUUCAAUGACAACUUUCCGGAUGAACAUUUGUUCCAACUCAAGGGUAUGAUUCCUUGGUUUGGGAUUCCAAGAGCAAUCGUCAGUGAUCAAAGAACUCAUUUUUGCACUAGAUCGGUUGCAGCUUUGCUGAAGAAGUACGGAGUGAAUCAUAGAAUAGCCACCGCAUAUCAUCCUCAAACCAAUGGACAAGCUGAAGUUUCCAAUAGAGAAGUUAAAUCCAUCUUGGAGAAAAUGGUAAAUCCAGGAAGAAAGAAUUGGAGCCUUCGUUUAGAUGACGCUCUUUGGGCUUACCGCACGGCUUACAAAACUCCCAUAGCAGUGUCCCCUUAUCGGUUAGUUUUCGGUAAAGCAUGUCAUUUACUGGUAGAAAUUGAGCAUAAAGCCUAUUAG